CGCUUUCAUUUUUUCAAAGCAAAGAAAACAAAAUCCAACCCCACUUGUUUUUUCUUCAUUCAAAAGAAGAAGGUGACACCACGCGCCAUCACCACCCCCUCCCCCUAUCUUUGUCCUUUCUACUUCCCGCUGCUAAAAUCUAAAACGCUAUCAAACGCCGUGCGCCACCGCCAUCCGCCUCAACUACACACAUUCCAUUGAAACUCUCAAGAUUCCUUCAUCACCUUCUUCUUCUUCUUAAAGUUGAUGAUGGAGAUGGAGAUGGAGAGAGGAAUUGAUCCUGAUGCGCCACUUGAUUAUGUUGAACUUAAGAUUUUUCCAAGCCAGAACAGGUAUGAGGCAUGCGUAUCUAGUAGCAACAGGACAGAAAAAGUAGCAGCCGGAACCUUGGAACAGUUGUUGUUGCAUUCGUCUCGAGUAAAGGAUUUAUCCUGCACAGGCUCAAACACAAAUUUCAAAGUUUUACCACCUGACAAUGCUGAUGAUGCUGAGUGGUUUACAACAGCCACAUUCACAAGAUUUCUAUACAUAGUUGGUUCACCAGAAAUCCUUAGUAUUGGUAAUGAAAUUGCUCAACUAGAGGAGACCAGAAAGUUCCAACUUUCGUUGUCUGUGAAGGCUGAAGUUGAUAUUACAUCAUCAAUUGAUUCAAAGAAUGAACUACUGAGAGCAGUUGAAUUAAGGCUCACAGCAUUGAAGGACGAAAUUGCUGCUGCCUUCGACCAGGCUACUGGUGCCAGAUGCUCAACUAAGGACCUCUCUGACUUGGAAAAUUUUGCUCAUCAUUUUGGAGCCAAAAAAAUAAGGGAUUCAUUACAGAAGUUCGUAGAAACAAGUCACUUCCCAUCAGUUGAAUACUCUAGGAAUGGCAGCUCCAAUAAGACUGAAAAAAGUGCUCCUGCACUUCGGCCUUCACAGUUGGAUCCACCUAUAAAAUAUGGUGUCUCCCCAGCAAAAGUUGCGCAAGUUGAACGACAAGGCUCAACAGACGAUGAAAAUUCUUCUUUUUCAAGUGAGAAUGACCAACCAUCUGUUGAGAGAAGUCGUGCCUCUACAAGGUCUGCAACUCCUAGGAGGUCAGCAUCUCCUAUGCGUCGAAUACAAAUUGGACGAUCAGGUUCCCGCAGGGCCACUGCACUAACUAUUAAGAGCCUCAACUAUUUUCCAGCUAGAGAAAAGGUGGUGUUCCAGAGAGAUGCAGUUGGCAACAGUAGUGACGAGGAAGACCCAGAGAAACCGCCCAAGAACAACGUAUUAAGAAUGAGCGUGCAAGAUAAAAUCAGUCUUUUUGAAAGCAAACAGAGAGACCAAACUGUGGAUGUUCCGAAGACAAAGACAUUAUUAAAUACAACCGUUGGUGCAAACAAAGCUGUACUGAGAAGAUGGAGUUCAGGAAUGGGUGAAGGUGCUACCCGGGUCCUUCCUGAUGCUAAUACCAAGACUUCUCCAAUCAGCCCAGAAAAUGUAGCACCAGAAGCAGAGUCAGAAAGUUGUACCGUUACAAGUCAGGUUUCUGCUGAGACUGCAGAAAACAUCACACCACACUCACCUGAAAGAGGAGCACCUGAGCCAUCCAGUGUGAAGGUGGAGACUCUUGAACCUGAAAGAGAAGAAAUCUGUGAAAAGCAUCCUGCCUCCGUCGUACGGAGUCAACAGAAGGAAGCAGAACCGAACCAGCUGUUCAUGGAAAUGAUGGAUAAUAAGCCGGUUAGACAGAGAAACCCGACCACUGAUAUUAACAAGAGUAAGAAAUCUCCGAAGGAGCAACGAGGUGGAUUUUAUGAUCACUAUAAGCAAAAGAGGGAUGAAAAGCUCCGAGGAGAAGUUGCUGGAAAAAGAGCUGAGAAAGAAGCCCAAUUUAAAGUGAUGCAGCGAUUCCUUGAUGAGAGAAAAGCUGAGAUGGCUUCCACCAAUGUGAUUGAUGUUAAUAGCAGGCACACUACUGCAAAUAAGCCCCAGAAAACUCAGAAAAACUCAACCGCAUUGACGAACUCUAGAAAGGAAGCCACAAAACCUUCUGUUUUGAAGAAAGCUACUUCUAAAACAUCUGCUUUACCUGCUACACGCAAGUCAUGGUCAUCAACACCGUCACCAAGAGCUACAGGGGCAUCACCUGCUAGAACUCCGACUGGCCCCACUUCUGCCAGUACCACACCAACAAGUCGAAAACCUCAGUCUGCAUCAUCAGCUGUUCGUUCCAGCACAAAAAGUGAGAAGUCGCAACCACGAGCAACAACUCCAAAAGCAACGCCACCAGAUGCUAACAGGAGUCAUAAAACUGUGAGUGAGAAGGAGCAGCCAACAGUGACUAAAAGCACAAAGACAAUUAAGGCAGAAGUUCGCACUACUGAAGUCGAUAAUGCUACUGCUGCUAAACCCAGCUUUUACAACAAAGUUACUAAGAAACGUAGUGUGGUUCCGUUAGAAACAAAGCCUUUUCUUCGUAAGGGCUCUGGGAUCGGACCUGGUGUUGGUCCAGUUGUUAUCAAGACAAAGUUUGUGGCUCAGCCUGAGGAAACUCUUGGAAGCUCUGGAAUUCUGAUCCAAGCUGAGGACAAUGAGGUAGUCAUGACUACUGAUAUAAAUGCAGAUCCGGAGGAAUGUGAAGCACCAGAAAUGAGUAUCAAUCUAGAUUCGGAAUCCCAGGUGCUUAGCCCCACCAAGUGUGAGGAAUCAGUGAGCUCUAAUCAAGUCAAUAUUAGUGGCGGCGAUGGGUUUAAAAGGAUAGAGUUUCCAAAAGUUAACUCUGGGACUGAAGAGGAAUUGAUAAUUUCUCCAACGGCAUGGGUGGAAGUAGUACAGCAUCAUCAGGAAGAGAUUAUUCCAUGCAAGGAAAGCCCAGUACAGAUUGUGUCUCCCAAAGUUGUUGCACCAGCUAGAAUUUCAAGUCCACGGGUUCGCUACUCUUUAUCUCAAAUGCUUCUAGAGGAAAACAGUGAAGCUGAUAUUGGUGAGUGGGGAAAUGCUGAGCACCCUCCUGCCUUGGUCUACCAAAAAGAUUCACCCAAAGGAUUGAAGCGGCUCUUGAAGUUUGCUCGAAAAGCUAAAGCUGAUUCCCAUCUGACGGGUUGGUCUAGCCCAUCAGCAUUUUCAGAAGGAGAUGAUGAUGCUGAAGAAUCUAAAGGUCAAACAAAUAUUAGUAGAUUUACUGCCCAAAAUGUCUCUUCUUCUGUGAAUACAACAAAAGCAACAAGGUCAUUCUUCUCUCUUUCAACGUUUAGGGGCAGCAAGACGAACGGGAGCAAGGUUCCUUAACAAACAGUAAGCAGAGGGCUGAGUUGUAAAAUAUACAUUAUAUGACAUGCCCAUACUAUAUAUAUAUAGAGAGAGAGCCAGGUGAAGUUAAGCUCUCUUUCAUCUUUUUCAUUUUUUUGUUGCAUUCAGUUGGUUAUUACUUCCAUUGAUUGUGGUGUGUGUUAUUUCAGCACAACACAAGAUGCUGCUUCUGGGAUUUGGUGUAAAUUAUGGUCAUAUUUGUUUCUACAAGAAUCCU